AUGUCCAACGGUAUCGACGAGGGUCCCUCAGGCGGUCCUUCGUCACCUACAGAAAACUUGACAGAUCACUCGUUCAAGAGCCUCAUCCCUGCAGAACUCCGUUCAUCUUUGGAUAGUGACAGAAGCAAUACACCGCCCAUAAAUCUCAUACCCAACGGGUCCAGUGCAGAAACUACAGACGAAGAUGACACACUGGAUCCUAUAUCUAGGCUACAAAGAGAGCUGGAACGUACUCGUGGAGAGAAGGAGACUCUCGCAACCCAGUAUAGAAACUUGGUAGCCAAACUGACUACCAUGCGGACUACACUGGGGAAUAAAUUGAAACAAGAUGCUGAAGAGCUUGAUCGUAGAGAACAAUUAUUACACCAGUUGACAGCCCAAAAUGACGACUUAUCCGCAACAGUGGAAACCCUGAAGGAGGAGCUCAUUGCCUCAAAUGAGGAGGUGGAUCGCGCUUCAAACGAACUUGACCUCUUGCGAAAUCGUACACUGCACGAAAACACUCAAGAAGCGUUAUUGCGGGAUCGCGAACUUCGGAACGCUCAAACCGAACUUGAACGAUAUCGAAUGAUACUCGAGGAACGCGAUCUCAAUGAAAUGAAGGAGAAGGCAAUGUUAGAUGAAGCGAGAGGUAAUAUUGAGACAUUGGAAACCGAGGUGAAAUUGGCAAAGGCUGCCAUUGAGAGGUUGGAAACCUCGAACAAAUUGGAGAAGGAGAGGGCCAAUAAUCUUCAGUCGGUUUUGGCAGAUUUUCAGGAAGCGAAAGAACAUGAGUUGCGACAGGCCGUGAAAGAUUACGAGUCUCAACUUCUCCAAGCCACCCAAUCGUUAGCCGAAUUCAAACAUCGUGCUUUGACAGCCGAACUAAGCCUCGAAGAGUCCCAAGCUAACAGCUCAAGGACACAGGAGCUUGAGAAGGAGGUGAAAGAGAAGCACCUUCUGAUUGGCAAACUACGGCAUGAAGCUGUGAUUAUCAAUGAGCAUCUAAUGGAGGCGCUUCGACGACUUCGGAGAAAUUCAUCUGACCAUAAUGUCGAUCGCCGACUGGUCACGAACGUUCUUCUCUCCUUUUUAACUACUUCUCGUGCGGACGCCAAGCGGUUUGAAAUGCUUUCUCUACUGGCGAGCAUCCUCUCCUGGAAUGAUGUUGAAAGAGAGAAAGCUGGCCUUCAGCGAGCUAAUGCAAACAUCAAUCUGUCGUCAUCCUCCUUCUGGAGACGUUCAUCGUCCAGCUCAGGUUCGGGACCCCAGCCUGAACUAAUCAAAUCGGACGAAACUGAGUCAUUCUCUCGUCUAUGGGUGGAAUUCUUGCUCACUGAAGCAGCUUCUGGAGAGAACCCAACCUCGACUCCUGUCAGCCCCACUAAACGAGAUUCUUCUCUCCCUAGUACUCCCACAUUAGGAAACUUUUCACCACCGAGUCUUUCUCCUGGCUUUAAACAAGGACUCAGUCAAAUUUCGAGCUCUGCCGCUAUUGCAAGUACACCGAAUCUGUCUUUACCGCCGAAAGGAAAGGAGAAGUCAGAGUCAUAA